AUGCGUCAUGCCACCCCUAUCUCGUUCUUUCUCUUCUUCCUUCCCCUCACAGUCCUCUCAAUAUCCAUAAACCACGACAUCACUGUUGGCCCCGCGCUCUCCUUCUCCCCCAACACUACCUCCGCCUCGGCUGGGGACACACUCACCUUCCACUUCUUCCCGGGCAAACACAACGUCGCGCAGUCCUCCUUCAGCACCCCCUGCGCCCCCUCACCAAAUGGUUUCUAUUCCGGCUUCAUAGUCCCAGACUCUGGAGAAGAUGCUACAAAAUUUGUGGUGACGGUCAACGAUACGCAGCCGAUUUGGUUUUACUGUUCGGAGGUUAUGCAUUGUCAGCUGGGGAUGGUUGGGGUUGUGAACCCGCCCAUCUCAGGCGAUACACUCGCCUCCUACGCCCUAGCAGCCUCAAAAACUACCGAUAGCACGACACCCGCCAACGUAGCAGGAGGAGUAUUCUCUUCCGUCAACGGCCCUCCCUCUGCCUCUACUUCUACCUCUGCCUCACCUCCUACGUCAACAACUACUUCUACUGGAACAGAAACCAAGACAAGCGGCACCAGUACCCCAACACAAUCAACAAGUGCAGGAGUAGUUCUCGUUAGCGGGAAUGUGUUCCUUAAUGGGAUGUCGGCCGUCGUUGCUGUGGCUGCUAUUUGGGCUGGCUUGAUUUGA